AUGGAGUUCCAAAGUAUGGUUGUAUAGAAACCAAAAAAAAAGGAGGAAAGAGGUUAAUCUAAGGAAUAGAAAGGAAGAGAUUUACCAUCUAGACCAUAGUUAGCAGUAAGCUUAAAGAAAGCAAGUCUUUCUUAGGAUGUCAGAUAAAACUCAGUUUAAAUGAAACCAGCAGGAUCUAGUAUUUUAGUUAAAAAAGGAACCUCUUUAACUAGAAAUGACAAAAAAGACAAGGAAAAAAAGCAAUCAAAAAAGAAAAAAAAAGAGGAGCUACUUGAAAAAAAAAGAUUACUAGAUGAAGAGGAAAGAAAAAAAUAUAUGGAAGAAGAAAGAAGAAGAUUCGAAUUAGAAAGAUUCCGCAGAUUGUAAGAAGAAAAACUUACAAAAGAGGAAAAAGAGAGAUUAGUUUUAGAAUCAUAAGCAGAAGAAGAAUUUGCUUUGAGAUUCCAAGCAAGGGUUUAUUAUGAAGAAAAGAAAAAGAAAAUUUGGGAAGAAUGGUAAAGAUAUUUAGAAUGCAUUGAUCAUCCAUACCCAGAAUCUGAAAAAAGCUAAACAGAGUAUUUGUAUAGAUAUGAUGAGUAAAAUGAAAUAAACGAACUUGAUAAAAUUGAAUUCUACUUAAAGAAGAGUGACUAUUCUGAAACUGUUGUAGAUAACUUAUUUUAGCACUAUUACAUCAACUAAGCAGAUAAUAAAUAUGAGAAAAUUUCUUUUUUUGAUAAAUUUAUAACUAAAAUCAGAAAAAUUACUUUAAAAAAGAUUCAGCAAAUAUCAGCUUUAGUCAUUAAGAAUCAAGAAGUAUUUUUUGAUGAUAAAAAUGAAUAGUUGAUUCAACAAGAUAAAUUACCUAUUACUCCAGACAAUUUAAGAAGUAUUUGUGGAGCAAUAACAUUAAAACCAGAAGAAAGAUAUAAGUAUGAAAUAUUUAAAACUUUUGAAAGUGAUGAUUUUUAAAUGGCCUUUUGGUGGUCGCCAAUCGAAAAGUGCGGAUAUCGUAUGAAAUUAGUUGAGUUUAAAAGACCUAAUGUUGGCAUAGAAAUGCCAAGAAAUAUUAAUACUCUUUCUAUUUAUAUGAGAUGCAUAUGGACAAGAUAAGACUAUUUAUCACCUCUUCAUUCAAUAUAAAAAUAUCUUAUUACAGGAGGGGUUUUUAAUAUAGAGUCAUUUAACAUGGUACCUCUAAUUAAGAGAAGAAAGAAAUAUGCAAUCAAAGUUGAUUUUGGAACAGAAGAACAAAUAGAUAAACCAUUAAAAUAUCCUCCUGAGGUUGGUGGGUCUAUAGCUAAUUUCCCAGCUUUGAAAGGAUAUAUAGAAUUACCAAAAAAAUAUUAUUUAGGACAAAAUUUUAGUCCUCAAGUAGCUUAUUACAGUUAAGAAUAAGGAUGGACUACGGAUGGUAUAGAAGUCACUAAAUAUGAUCCCGAUUUAAGAAUUAUUACUUUUACAACAAAAACCCUAGCUCCUUUAGCAUGUGUUUAGGACGUUUGUUUAGAUUAUCCAUAUUAAUCAUUUAUGUUAAGGUGUGUUUAAGAAGAUCUUGCCAUUCUUGACUUGCAAACAAAAAGAUUAAAAUUAAAGUUUGAAAUAGGAGCUGAUGAUGUAACUUUAGUAGACGAAAACAAUUCUUUAGGUAGUAUAUUUAGUCAUAUUGUUAAUAAGCCGAUGACAUAUGCAGCUUUACUUUAUGAAUUACAUAAAAUUGGAGUUAAUCUAAUCCCUGAGUCUUAACAUGCAUUUUUAUGUGAUGUUCCUUAAAAAGAAAUUGAUGUUGAGAAUAAAGCAUUGCUAGAAUUAAUGAUGAUUAUAAAGGCUUUUGCAGUGCGUAACAAUUAAGAUAAUAAAAUGUAAGGUGAAGAUAAAAUCCUUCUAGAAAUUAGAUAAAAUAUGGACUAUUCCUAUAAGCCUAGUCCUUUAGAUGAUGAAUUAGAAUGGGUAAAAACCGCAAUAUGGUGUAAUAAGUGUGCUUUUAUUAAAGAUUAAUCUAAAUCAAUAGAAACUAUAAAUGCUUCAAACUUUUUAAAUAAUUCUACUUCCCAUGCUAUGGUUUCGUUGAUUAUAGAAUAACACUAAAAUAUUUUUAAGAAUUCUUCUGAUAUAGUAGACAAAAUGAAUGAUGUAUAUGUUUCUGAUUUUUAGAAUAAUAUGAGAAGAUUCCUAAAAACAUUGCGUCUUUUAUCAUUUACAUGA